GAUGCCUUCCGCGCCUUCCACCCGGACCUUGAGUUCGUGCGCAAGUUCUUGAAGCCCCUGCUGAUUGGCGAGCUGGCUCCUGAGGAGCCCAGCCUGGACCGCAGCAAGAGCUCUGAGAUCACCGAGGACUUCCGGACCCUGAAGAAGGUGGCAGAGGACAUGAACCUGUUCCGGACCAACCACUUGUUCUUCCUGCUGCUGCUGGUGCACAUCGUGGCCAUGGAGAGCGCCGCCUGGCUCAUCGUGUCCUACUUCGGCAACGGCUGGGUCCCCACGCUCGUCACCGCUUGCGUCCUCGCCACCUCCCAGGCCCAGGCUGGGUGGCUGCAGCAUGACUACGGCCACCUCUCUGUGUACAAGAAGUCCAAGUGGAACCACCUCGUCCACAAGUUCGUCAUCGGCCACUUAAAGGGCGCCUCCGCCAACUGGUGGAACCAUCGCCACUUUCAGCACCACGCCAAGCCCAACAUCUUCCACAAGGACCCGGACAUCAAGAUGCUGCACGUGUUCGUCCUGGGCGAGUGGCAGCCCCUCGAGUACGGCAGGAAGAAGCUGAAGUACCUGCCCUACAACCACCAGCACGAGUACUUCUUCCUGAUUGGGCCGCCGCUGCUCAUCCCCAUGUACUUCCAGUACCAGAUCAUCAUGACCAUGGUCAUGCGCAAGGACUGGGUGGACUUGGCCUGGGCCAUCAGCUACUACGUGCGCUUCUUCUCCACCUACGUCCCCUUCUAUGGCGUCCUGGGAGCCCUGCUCUUCCUCAACUUCAUCAGGUUCCUGGAGAGCCACUGGUUCGUGUGGGUGACGCAGAUGAACCACAUCGUCAUGGAAAUCGACCUGGACCACCACCGCGACUGGUUCAGCAGCCAGCUGGCAGCCACCUGCAACGUGGAGCAGUCCUUCUUCAACGACUGGUUCAGCGGCCACCUCAACUUCCAGAUCGAGCACCACCUCUUCCCCACCAUGCCCCGCCACAACCUGCACAAGAUCGCCCCGCUGGUGAAGUCCCUGUGCGCCAAGCACGGCAUCCAGUACCAGGAGAAGCCGCUGCUCCGGGCCCUGCUGGACAUCAUCGGGUCCCUGAAGAAGUCGGGGCAGCUGUGGCUGGACGCCUACCUCCACAAGUGACCGGCUGCCCGCGGGGCACCGGAGGACAGAGUGACAGCGGGGUGACAGCCUGAGGGGGGCGCUUUGAGCUGAGGGCUUCCUCCAGGCCGGGGGCGUCACACGUGGUCGUGUCCUCCUGCCCUCCCCUCCCCUCCCCUCCCCUCCCCUGUCACUGACCUCCCAGCCCCGACUCUCUGGUGGCCGUUCCCCGCGGGAGGGAGAGGUGGCUGUGGUGGGUGACUCACCCUGCCUCCAGCUCCCCCCCAAGGACCCCAGGGCUCAGCCGCCAGGCCGAGACUGUCCCCGCUCCUGUCCCGGCCCUGUUCUGGUUCUCAGGCAGCACUCAGGCUGGGCUACUCCCCCGGAGGGAGGGGUGCUGUGGGCCUGGGUCAGCGCGGGGCCUGUGCUGAUGGAGCCAGCUGCCGCUCCCGGCUUCCCUCUGCGCCCUCCCGGUCCGGCCCCGGAUCCAGGUGCCGUCGUGCCCUUACCCAAAACGCUCCGGCCAGAGCCCCGCAGCGUGAACUGGCCACCGCGCCACCGCGCCUUCACGGCCUCUCUGGCACUCUCUCCUGUUGACUGUUUUUAAUCUUUGCUGUGUUCGCGUUUUCUUCAGGUGCAUUCUGGCGGGAGGGUGGCCGGCUGGGCCCUCGGACAAUCGCCUUUCACCAGGCCUCUGGGUGCUGCUGGAGGGCGGGCGGGCGGGAGAGGCCAUCUAACCCACUAACCAGCGUCUAGGGUGGGGGUCCCUGUGGCCAUGGCAAAGCCCCCCUGCUCCCCCAGGGCAGAAUGAACCCAUAGGGAACUGAUCUUAAUUUGUACCAUGUUGCAUCCCCACCCGUUUUUGAGAAAUAAAGAAGUAAUUUUAUUCUCA